ACCACCGUAGAGUUUCAAGAUGGCGUCGCAGUACUACCAGGAGAUGCAGGAGAGCUUCAAAAAUAACAACAAAAGUCGUGAAUUCCCGGCUCACACAGCUAAAGUCCACUCGGUGGCGUGGAGCUGUGAUGGCAGGAGACUCGCCUCCGGAUCUUUUGAUAAAACAGCGAGCGUUUUUAUCCUCGAAAAGGACCGAUUGGUGAAAGAGAACAACUACAGAGGUCAUGGUGACAGUGUGGAUCAGCUCUGCUGGCAUCCAACCAACCCAGAUCUGUUUGUCACAGCGUCCGGAGACAAAACCAUACGUAUCUGGGACGUCCGCACCACCAAAUGCAUCGCAACUGUCAAUACAAAAGGAGAGAACAUCAACAUCUGCUGGAGCCCUGACGGUCAGACCAUCGCCGUGGGUAACAAAGAUGAUGUGGUGACCUUUAUUGAUGCCAAAACGCAUCGCUCCAGGGCAGAGGAGCAGUUCAAGUUCGAGGUGAACGAGAUCUCCUGGAACAACGACAACGACAUGUUCUUCCUUACAAAUGGCAACGGCUGCAUCAAUAUUCUGAGUUAUCCAGAGCUGAAGCCGAUCCAGUCCAUCAACGCUCACCCGUCCAACUGCAUCUGUAUCAAGUUCGACCCCACGGGGAAAUACUUCGCCACAGGAAGUGCCGACGCCCUCGUCAGCCUGUGGGACGUGGACGAACUGGUGUGUGUCCGCUGCUUUUCCAGGCUGGACUGGCCGGUGAGGACGCUGAGCUUCAGUCAUGAUGGGAAGAUGUUGGCGUCGGCCUCCGAGGAUCACUUCAUCGAUAUCGCAGAGGUGGAAACAGGAGAGAAGCUGUGGGAGGUUCAGUGUGACUCUCCAACCUUCACGGUCGCCUGGCACCCGAAGAGGCCGCUGCUGGCCUACGCCUGCGACGACAAGGAGGGCAAAUACGACAACAACCGAGAGGCGGGAACAGUCAAACUGUUCGGCCUCCCCAACGACUCCUGAGACAGAUCAGCUGAGUUUUCCUUUGUUAAACUAAACUCUUUCCCUCCAACUCUUGUGAUCAGUCAGACCUUAGGAGAAAGAGAAACAUAAUAGAAGCAUCAUGAGAUCAAACAUACAUCUCCGAGGUUACUGCUGCUUUGCUCUUAAAGCAGCAGUAACCUUCAGCCACCAGCAGGCGGCGCAGCCGUCCUGACUUUCCUCUGAAACAGCUGACUGCUUCAUUCCCUGUUUGUAUACACAGAAACAAACACACGUGCUGUAAUAUAUGUUGUUUUUUAUGUAAAAUAGCGGUUUUUGAUAUUAAAAUUGGUCUCUUUAUAAAAA